UCAUCAUCAAAAAAUAGUUCCAUGAGCUCAAACAAUGACAACAAUAAAGAACCAAACUUUGAAUAUGAAGAAGAAUGGGAUAUUGACGGCAUUCCCGAGUUACUAAAUGAGUUAGAUGCUGAUAUAGAGAAGUCUUUUAGAGUGGAUACGCAACCAACACCGACUCGAUUGCAAAAUGAAAAAUAUUUUGUUAAAGAUCACUUUCUGAAAAGCAGCCAAAACUAUAAUAAUAGUGAGAAAAAAAUAGAAUCACAGGGCAACGUCGCUUCAAAGCACCGAAAAUCAUCGGUAUUUACAGGAUUCUCCAAAGGCGGUCAUCUUAUUUCAUCAGCAUCUAGUGCAUCCCUAACAAAAAAAUUAGCGUUUGAAUCAGACUUCCCAGCUGAUUACGAUUAUCAAUUACUUAAAUCGACAAUUUCUGACAGAAUGUCAUCUCAAACCGUAAAUAAUAGCAACAUCGGUACCAAUGUUGGCUCCUGUUUAAGUAAUGUUAAUAGUGGUCAGAGCGGUUCAUCCAAUAUUAAUAAAUCAAAUACAAAGAUGUCAAUAGAUCAUCAAGCCACUUUGGAUAAAGGGUUGAAAAUGAAAAUAAAGCGUACAAAGCCUGGAACGAAAAGUUCUGAAGCAAAGCAUGAAAUUGUAAAAGCCACUGAGCAGCAACAGAAUGGAAUGAGCGUUGUUGGCAGUAAUGUCAAUGGAGAGGAAAGUACAAAUUCAGUAUCGAGUGCAAAUUCUAUACAAUCUUCUCAAACAAUUGCUAAUAAUCAAAACGUAACCUCAACUGGCAACAAGAAAAAUAUAACUACCACUAGCAAUCAAUUAAGUAACAACUUUUCUCCAGGAAACAAUUCCUGUCCAGUUUCUAGUGGAAUUUUAUCGUCUAGUAUACAAAAUCAAAAUAACUCUUUAGGGACAAAAAGAACCAGCUCAGGCCAUCGUCGCGAAAAGGUUAAAGAUAAGUCAUCACAUUCCAAUCGAAAUUUAAACGAUAAAAACAAUUCUCAAAUUAGCGAGAAAGAAACACAAGACAAAAAUGUAUGCAAUUGUAAUAACACAGACAAUUCUACAUCAAUUUGUUCUAGUAAUGUUUGUAUUCGUCGCAACGAAGGUUCUGUACAACGUAUAUCAAACACUACUGCUACCGUACCGCCUGGGGUUUUUACACCUUCAACUGAAACACCGAAUGCAUCUGUUUCUGCAACAGCCCUUUUGUCUGUUUCAACAACCGCAACCGGUUCAACAGUAGUAACUCAUUCUUCUACUAUCAGUGGUACCGCAAAUACACCUGGGCCUCCAAAUGUAGGUGCUAACAUUAAAAUAUCGUCCCACAUCGCUGCACAAUUGGCUGCUGCUGCAGCCUCGAAUUCUAUGAAUGGAUCAAUAAGUCACUCUGACAUGAAAGCAUCAACAAAUAAUACAGAACAUCAACAUAAAACACCACCAGGUAUUAUUUCAGCAACAGUACAUCAUUCAAUUAAAGUUCCACUUUCCAACAAUAAAGCAAAUGAUUUUUCAAAAUCUCCACCUCCAAAGCGUGCGAAGCCUAAUGAAGUAAAAACACAAUCUGGAAAUGCUAUUAACAAAGAAACCGUAGACAUUUGUAUUGGCACAUCUGUCGGCACAAUUACAGAACCUGACUGUUUAGGCCCUUGCGAACCUGGAACCUCAGUUACUCUGGAAGGUAUUGUUUGGCAUGAAACUGAAGGUGGUGUGCUUGUAGUAAAUGUGACCUGGAGGGGUAAAACGUAUGUGGGAACUCUAUUGGAUUGUACUCGCCACGAUUGGGCUCCACCAAGGUGA